AGUUAUGAUGCUUUUAGAUGUACCAGCAGGAAAGAGCUCAAGCUGGCAUAAAACCACUCAUGUGUAGUACCCAAGCACCAAAGCCACAACCCCAACUGUAUCUCAGAGCUAAGCUUCUUCAUGACAGUUGCUGAACAUUUUAGAGCCUUCCUCCCUCGUGCAUGAGCACAAGGUGCAUCUUCACACAGUAAGCAAAUGCGGUCGUGGUUUUCUCCACCUUUCCAGGAAGGACAUCUAUGAUAAAAGUUGAACAAGAGAAGGGUACUGCAGCUCAUAGCCCAGGCAGGCUGCGAACAUUUCUGGUGAGGAUGAGUUUAAGCUAGAUGCAUGGAGUGUGGGCACUGAAGGGACUGCACACAACCUGUCCCUUCGUAUCUGUCAUGCAGGUGGAAGCAGCCAGCAGAACUUGGAGGGGAGCUGAAACCUCCCUGCUAACUCCAUUAAAAAACAUCUGAAAAUGACCUGAGAUUUGAACUAUGCUCUAAAUGUCUUAAACUCUUUGUAAUAAAAAACUGCAAUACUAUAAUAGUUUAAAGUGGCGCCAGAGAAAGGUCAGAAAAUUAGUAUUACAUUAACUGAAAUGUUAACAAUAUCUCCAGAGCCAGGUGAGCAGAGUACUUACACAUCUGAACAGCUGCAUCCCUAAUCAGUGAUGUAUUUGAGCACAUGCUUAAAACACUUAAUCAUACUUAAAAGAGCUUCGCUGGGUACCAGUGAGAAUAUUCACAUUCCUCACUCUGGUUAGUCAAGACCUUUAUAUAGCCAGAAACAAACAUAUUUAGAUUGUGGCUCUGGAAUAACUUGCUCAACAACUAGGUUCAGAGGAAGCAAUAUGCAUUAAAAGUGCAAUUGAAAAAAGGGCUCAUCCUUCCUCUUCUCCACCUUUUUGCAAUCAUGUAACAAUAACAGUGGAGUUUUUAAGGGAGGAAAACAAAGUCAUUUAGUCAGAAGUGUGUUUUUGGAGACUUAAUUUAUGUAUGAAAAUGCAUUUUGAUAGAAGGAGCUAAGGCAUCACUUAAUACAAAGCUAUAUUACACAGUAUGACCUGCAGAGCUCACAGCUAAGGCUGCUGAACUCCUCACCACACUCUAUUUUCAGAUUGCUGGUUACUUUGGCAGACUGGCCCAGUUUUAUUGAAAGGGUGCCUGUGUCAGCAAAAUUUCUUAUUAAGGUAUCAUGAAAAUUGGGUUUUUCCUAUAUUAAAAUUAUAACAAAAGCUUUUCUGAGAAGCUGUCAACUCUAGGUGCUGGGAAGCAAAGAUCAUCCACUUGCUAUUGAUUGUCCUAAGCUUUUCUUUUCUUGUUUCCAGGAAAAUGCCUCCAGGCUUAGUCAAUGAAAUUAAGAAGGAAGGAGAAAUCAGUAGAAACCUGCUGGAGUCUGAAUCUGCACUGAGCACAACCUAUCUGCAAAGUUCUGGUGUAUCUGAGGAACUGAUGUGUUUCCUGAGCAGAGCACCUCAGUAACUUCAUUAAGAGCUAGGCAACAUCUGUCUUCUGCAGAACCUGAGUGGGAACUCCUGUACUCUCCCAGUGCUCUCAUUGCCAGACUUAUUGCAUAUGUGGUCUCAGCACUCAUGAAAAGAAAAAUGUAAUGUUUCUCAAAUGAGAAGGAGCUACUGAGAGACAGUAGGGUAGAAGCCAGCUGGAGGAUGAGAACUGGAACAACGACAGAGAAUAACAGAGGCCUUUGUAGGCUGGAGCACAUUAACUUCCACAACCUGUACAUAACAAGAUUUCAUUAAUGCCACCUGUGAAACCCGCUGGGGAAAUGUUAGUCACCUCCCCACUUGUUUGUAUAGCAAAUUGAAUUCCAUUACUGCUAUCAAGUUACUCCAUUUGCUCAAAUGACUGAGCUAUGUGGAUCGGAGGCAGGUAGCUAUAAGUUUGCUUGUGAUUCAUACAGGUGCCAAGAUGGUUUUACAUAGGGGGAUCUAGUGAGGUUUUGUGUAUAUUUCUGUAGGAAAUUAUGCACAGAAGAUCUGCACAGAGAGAGAUUUUGUGGUCCUCUGAAUAAAGCUAUCACAGAACGGCUUAAGUUAGAAGGGACCUUACUGCCAACCCAGUUCCAACUCCCAGGCAUGGGCAGGGCUGCCACCCACCAGAUCAGGCUGCUCAGGGCUCCAUCUAACCUGUCUUUGAGUGCAUCCAGAGCUGGGGCACCCACAGCUUCUCUGGGCAGCCUGUGCCAGAUUUUUUCUAACAUCUAACCUAGAUUUCCCUUAUUUUAGUUUAAAACCAUUCCCUUGUGUCCUAUCGCUAUUAGACCAUAUAAAAAGUUGCUCCCCUUCUUGAUUAUAAGCUCCCUUUGCUCACUGAAAGAUUACAGUGACGUAUCUCUGGAGUCUUCUAUUGAAGAAGCUUGCAGUUUCUCUAGUGUGCAGCUUCACACUCUCCACAGACGGAUAGACAGAUGACUUUAAUGCCGGGUAAGUAUGCCUGACUCUGCACAGACUACGCUGCAGCACGUCAGCAGAGAUGCUGCGCCGCCUGAACCUCUGCCGACCAUUUCUGAGGCUGGUUUGCAUGUCUCGGUAUCUGGUGGUUCCUGUUCCUGCAGCACAGAGCGAGUCAGGCAGCCACACACCUGUCUGAUGGGACCUGAGGAGGCUCCGUGCAGCGGAUCAUGGCUGCCUUCCCCUAGCAGAGGCCUGGCAGUUGAUCUCAUUGGGCUCAGACAUAACAGAAGAUGUGGUGGGAGAGAAUUCACAGACUCUUGAGCUCAGCCUCCAGAAGGCAGCUCCACCAUGAAUGCCAGAGCCAGGUGCUCCUCCGUCUGAAUAUUAUUGUCUUUUUUCUCCAAGCUGAUCCCGGUGCUCUGCAGGAACGCUGUGUAGGUGCUCACAGAGAUCGGCUGUCAGACCCCGACGGAGCACCGUCAGCCUGGCUCAGCACGCUGCUCGGAAACAGAUCUCAGCAACGGGCUGACGGGAGGGACAAGUCCACUUCUCGAUUCCUGAAAUUCUCUUAAGUCACAGUUACACAACGCGUUGCAUAGGUAAUAAGCCCUGUCAGGAAAACACAACUGCCAGAUAUUACAGAGAAGGGAUUUUUCACUCUGUAUUUGUGCGAGCGCUUCGCUGAGAUCCCUUGAACUCAGGGCGGACGGACGGAGGGACUGACUGACCCAGGGACCGACCCACGGCCGCUCACCAGAGCGCAGGCAGCGACCUGCAGCGGGCCGAGGGGCGGGCAGCGCUGCGCCUCCUCAGGGGGAGGGAGGGAAAGGUGCGGCACCGCCCCGGCCCCCGCGCCGCCCUUUCAAGUAUCGCGUGAGCGGCCCCGCUGCCCGACGCCACGUCCUGCCGGUGCCGCUGGGAGCGGCGGCCAUCGAGCCGGGAGGGGGCUGCGCAGGGUGAGGUUGAAGAAAGAAGGGAUUUAAUGAACUCGCGGCCGGUCGAAAUGGGGAGACGCCGAAAGUAGCAGCAAGGUGCCUGAUCGGCCUUCUGCCUCUGCUGCCUGACCUGCCGCCUGUGGAACGAGAAGAGGAAGAUGCGUGUUCUGAUCCUUGUGGAAAGACAGUCCGUGUAACUGCGGGUGGAGGCCAUGUGCUGAAGUGGGACAGCCUGACAAAAUGGGGGUGCUCGUGUUCUUCGUGCCUUAUAGCUUGCUUCUGGCUGCAGUGCGAGGGCACAGCUUGUUCACGUGUGAACCGAUUACGAUUUCCAGGUGUUCAAGAAUGCCUUAUAAUAUGACUUUUUUCCCUAAUAUCAUGGGACACUAUGAUCAGGACACUGCUGCGCUCCAGAUGGAGCCUUUCCUUACUCUCAUGAAUCUUCACUGUUCACCAGACGUCCAUACAUUUCUGUGCAAAGCCUUUGUUCCUGCCUGCCUGGAGCAAGUUCACGUGAUUCACCCUUGCCGUAACCUCUGUGAGAAAGUGUAUUCCGACUGCAAACAACUGAUUGAUACUUUUGGAAUCACAUGGCCUGAAGAGCUGGAAUGUAGCAGACUAGUCAAUUGUGAUGAGUCUGCUCCUGCCACUGCUCCUGUAACCACCAACGCACAUGGAACUCAGAAGACCCCAGGGCAGGCACGAAGGGAUUUUGGAUUCUGGUGUCCACGACACCUACACACUUCCAAUGGACAAGGCUACAAAUUUCUGGGCAUCGAUCAGUGUGCACCACCAUGUCCCAAUAUGUACUUCAAAAAUUAUGAAUUGGAUGUUGCAAAAAGCUUCAUUGGAAUAGUUUCAAUCUUUUGUCUUUGUGCUACGCUUUUCACAUUCCUUACUUUUCUGAUUGAUGUUAAAAGGUUUAGGUACCCAGAGAGGCCGAUCAUCUAUUACUCCGUCUGUUACAGCAUAGUGUCUCUAAUGUACUUUAUUGGAUUUCUUCUUGGGAAUAGAACUGCCUGUAACAAGGCAGAUGAUAAGCUAGAAAUUGGGGAAACGGUUGUUCUUGGCUCCCAAAACAAAGCCUGCACAGUCCUUUUCAUGGUUUUGUACUUUUUCACUAUGGCAGGAACAAUAUGGUGGGUGAUUCUGACAAUCACUUGGUUCCUUGCAGCAGGAAGAAAAUGGAGUUGUGAAGCUAUUGCACAGAAGGCCAUGUGGUUCCAUGCAGUUGCGUGGGGGAUACCUGGUUUUCUAACCAUUAUGCUUCUUGCAAUGAACAAAGUGGAAGGGGACAAUAUCAGUGGAGUUUGUUUUGUAGGUCUCUAUGAUGUGGAUGCCUCUCUGUACUUUGUGCUUUUGCCGUUAUGCCUUUGUGUUUUUUUCGGUCUCUCUCUUCUAUUAGCUGGUAUUAUCUCUUUAAAUCAUGUGCGGCAAGUCAUACAGCAUGAUGGCAGAAACCAAGAGAAGCUAAAAAAAUUCAUGAUCAGAAUUGGAGUUUUUAGUGGUUUAUACUUAGUGCCACUUGUGGCACUUCUUGGAUGUUAUGUCUAUGAACUGGUGAACCGGAAGAUCUGGGAGACAACUUGGGUGUUUGACCACUGUGACCAGUACCAUAUUCCUUGUCCAUACCAGGCAAAGGCACUCGCAAGACCAGAAAUAUUUCUGUUUUUGAUGAAAUAUUUGCUGACAUUAAUUGUUGGCAUAUCUCCAGUGUUCUGGGUGGGAAGUAAAAAGACCUGUUCGGAAUGGGCCAAUUUCUUCAACAGAAACCGCAAAAGAGAUCCAAUCAGUGAGAGUCGAAGAGUACUGCAAGAAUCAUGUGAAUUUUUCUUGAGGCACAAUUCCAAAGUUAAGCAUAAGAAGAAGCACUACAAGUCAAGUUCACACAGAUUGAAAGUAAUUUCUAAGUCAAUGGGAACUAGCACAGGUGGCACAACAAAUCAUGGGACUUCUGCAGUAGCAAUCACCAAUCACGAUUACCUGAGCCAAGAAACUGUUGCAGAAAUUAAAACUUCUCCAGAGACAUCUGAGAAAGAGAUGGAGGCGGAUGGAACAUCAGCCCAAAAAGCUGAGGAAGGUGAAAACAGUGGAAAUCAAAUGUUAAGUAUUUCUAAACUGACCGUGGAUCAGGUGGAAAAAAGAAACAAAGCAGACAGCACGUGUGAUAUGAGUAGCUUGUCUGAGAGCCUGAAGAGAAUUGGUGAAGGCAGGGUAACUCCCAGGAAUGAUUUUAUUGAGUCUCCUCCAUUACAGAGCAGCAGUUCCCAAAUAGCAGACAUCUCCCAGUCAGGCUCCAUAUCACUGCUUGUCUACUCGGCCGCAGACGGCAGGAAGGAGCUGGAUUCAGGAAACAGUUCAAACCAUUGAAAGACUGAUGUUUUUAUAUGAACUCUUUCCAUGUAUUAAACUGAUGUGGAUUUUGUUACACUGAAAACAGCAGACGUUCUGUGCCUUACUGAAAAUCAGACACAUCUUGUUUUGCACUUAUAAAAAUGUAAGUUUUGUAUUGGGGACAACUGGCAAUAAUGUAUUGUAUUUAUACCCAUCCAGGAGUAAUGGAAAUUGAAGUUAUAUGGGACACAGCUGGAUUGCUUAGUAGUAAUUUAAGGAGAUGAGAGAAAUAUUAUUCCCUAUUCAAAGAACACUAUUAAAUAAAUUGCAUUGAAAUAAUGCAGAAAAAGCACUGUUACUUUUCAAGGUGUAAGAUGUCAAUCUGCAGCUUUGAUAUCUUACAAGUUUUUUACUUUUUCCUUUUUUACUACCUAUUAAACAGCAUUAUCACUUUAAGAGAUGCAAAAAGUUACUCUCUAAAUUGUCAUGAUGUGUCAUUCAUAGCACUGUUUUAUGGUAGCUUUUACACUGAAUCUGAAAUCGAAAUGAUUUAUUUUGUACAUAGAAAUGAAUUAUGUAAAUAACUGACUGCAUAAGGCCUAUAUUUAGAGCUGCUGUUUUGUAUGUAUUGUACAAAGGUGGUCAAGUUCCCGUGCUUCUGUUGGAUGCUACUGAAGUCAGCAGUUCUGUGAUGAUCGGGCAAUGUUAUUUAGUUGUGAGUAAAGCAGGUGCAAAGCUCCACCAUACCCUGCACGUUUGGGCAAGGCUGGGCAGACAGCUCUACAUUUCUCUUCAGGGACAGGGCCUGAGGUGCAGCGCUGCUUCAGGAAAGUGCUGCUUUCAGCAUCUCCUGCUGUGCUGUCCUGGGGCAUUGUGCCAAACGGGAGUGCUUCAGAUCCUGCACAGCAUGGGGACAGAAUCUGUAGUACAUGUUUGUUGGGUGUUGGUGGUGUUCUUCCCAGAGCUGCAGUGACAGUAUACUUCUCUUCUGUUUCUAUGCAAGUCACUUGAUAUAUAUAUUUUAAUUCUGUAGGGAGGUACCUUGCAGAAAAUAAAGUUAUGUUAAUAUGCAGGUUUGUUUAACAAUACAUUUAUUUAAAACAAGACCUUAAUGCUGUUUCUACAGAGUCUUACUUUUCUACACGCUACAGCAAUAUAAUUUUUGUUACUCAGAAAGGCCUUAAAACUUCUAAAGCUUCUCUUAGGGUAGAGCAGCACAAGAGCAGGUCCUGCUGAUGUGGGUGAGUUGGGUUCUUCAGCUUUUAAGAAUCGUGGCUCCAGUGAACCAAAAGCUGAGUGCAUUUUAUGAGAAUGUUAAGCAUCUUCUGUUUGAUUGCCAGCAGGAAAAUUGCUCUUAGUUGAUGUUCUGGUUUUGCUACUGUGCCGAGCAGUGUUGUUGCAGUUUGUGCAGUGCUUGAGGUGAUGCUUUGGACCGUGGAGCAAAAUUGCAUGGCACAAAAGUCAUACAAACACUGAAUAAGCCAAAGUUGCUUGUUUUAUUGACAAUGCAUUACAAAUAGAAUGUAUUUACUUUUAUACUGUUGUGUGCAUUUUAGCAUUUGUAAUUUAUUGUCUAAAAUAGGAUGUACUAUUUCUUUUGUAAUUUCCCUGCUAACAAUACCUAGUAUUCUCACUGCCGAGGACAGUGGGAAGAGCCUGAACAGUCUGUGGAAAUGCACACCAAGUACUCUUCUUUCCGUUCUGUUUGUAAAUGGGUAACUUCAUACAUGUGUUCAGUGCUUUGGUUAUUACUGUCUUUGUUAGUAAUAAACUGUUGUAUAGGAAAAACUUGAGUUGAUAUUUCUAUUAACUAGACUCGGCAUGUUUGUUUUUCUGUUAUGGGGCAUUUCUGCACCUAAGACACUUUGAUGUAUUCUGACUUAGGGCUGUAUGAGGUAGUAAGUAUUGCAGUCCUUUUGUUCCUCCUGGAGAAGAACGGAGACAGGACAGUGGUGGGAAUGGUUCAGAUGAACACAGUUAUGAAAGAGUGAGAAAGUGAUCUGCAGCUUCCACCUGAGCAGUUAUGGUGUUCUUUUCUCCAUGACCUCCUGUUUAAGGGCUCCUUCACCCUACAUAGGAUAUCUAUUUCCACAAUGAGCUAUUGCUGUAACCUGCUUAAAAUAAUAGUGUAGACGUUUUUAAUGCGUAUACUAUUUCCUGGCCUUAGAUAAGUUCUUCACUAUGAGA